GUGGCACUUCCCCUGCCGGCCCGUCGGGCGGAGAUGGCGCACCACGCCAAGUUCCUCGCGCGGACCGUAAUGGUCCCUGGCGGCGACGUGGAGCUUGCCUACCGCGUCCUCACCAGAGUCCUCAGCAUGGAUGGAAUUAUCGAUCACGUUAAGCGGAAGCGGUAUUAUGAAAAGCCAUGCCAGAAGAGGCGACGGGAGGCCUAUGAGGCGUGCCGGAGGAUCUAUAACUCUGAAAUGGGCAGAAAGAUCAACUUUCUGAUGAGGAAAAAUCGCCCAGAUCCUUGGCUCGGUUGCUAAGCCAAAGACUUCCAAGGAUGGAGGCCUUUUCCUAAAGAAAGCGGAGUCGGUGGUGGGAGCUUGCUGCAAAGGCUCCUUCUUGCUUACUUGUCGACAGGUUGUGAAAUCAAAUAAAAUCAAUGUGGUGUCA